AAAUGGAAAAACAAUAAUCUUCGAAACUAAUGCGAAAAGUUUUGCAAAAAAAAGUAUAAAAGCUCUCAGUAACACUCUGAUCAAUAUCAUACUUCAAGAUGAAGUUAUUAUCUGCUUUGGUUCUCUUGAUGACCGUCGGUCCCCUAUUCUCUUUUUUAAUCAACCCCGUAAGAAAUGAUUGCGCAAAAAGGGGCGGAAUUACCCCAACUUAUCUCAAAGAUUAUCCUACUAGUACUAGGGUCAAGUGCUUUUAUGCUUGUGAACUGGAGAGGCUCGAAGUAAUCGUUAAUGGAGUUGUUGGAGAUUAUAAUUUGGCCGUUCUAAACAUUACGGAGAAAGCCUAUGAAAAUAUAGGCGUAAAGGUUAAGCCUUGCCUGACAAUCGCGGAUCCCAACAAAUGUGAGCUCGGCUACAAGGUAUUCCAGUGCUUACAUAAGAAUUUCCCAGAGCCGUGAAAAACUGUUAAUUUGAUUUCAAUAAAUUGAGUAUGCUAUGGUGAAUCUGCUUAGCCAUUUGCAUAAGAAGAAAAGAUGUAAAAUUAUUUCCAGUACCGUAUUGGUUCUAUAAUACUACUACCAGAAAAUUAAUAAGAAUGUAUGUAUCAAUUUAGAAAACAAUACGAAUAUUGUUUAAUAAAACCAGAAAAUUAGCAAGUAUUGCUAAGAACUCAA